AUGCGUCGAGAGUCUUCUGAGUCGCUUUUAUCUUUGGUCGAUAGUUUCGAACGUAAUAUUUCCAUCUUGAAACGCCUCGGGGAACCAGCAGAUCGCUGGAGUUCGAUAUUAGUUUACCAGUUGAGCCUGCGUUUGGACAACCGUACCUUGCGAGAAUGGGAGCAAUAUUCUUCCAGAGAACCAGCUCGAGACGACGGAGUAGUGAAUGAUGGAAUGCCUCUCUACAUUGACAUGAUACGAUUCCUACAGGACUACGCCCGAAUGCUUCAGACUAUCGCACCCCAACACACAGCGAUGACUCAUAGACCGACAGAUUUCAAACCAAAAUCAAACGCCGCUGCUUAUGUCGCAGUAGAGCCUACUUCUCGAUCGUGUCCUAAUUGUGGUCAAGGUCAUUUUCUCGGGAAUUGUGGACAGUUCAGGAAAUUAUCGCCGCAUGAACGUCUCGAUUUCGCAAAAACUCAUCGCUUGUGCUUAAAUUGUUUGAAAACAGCGGCUCACAGUUGCAAGAACUGUCCCUCGUCCAAUUGUCGAAAAUGUGAUCGCAAGCAUAACACGCUUCUCCAUUUACCCCCUCUCGAUGGUUUACACACACAGCAAUCUCAAGGCACAGCUGGUUACAUUCAAUCGCAAGCACCGUCGUCGUCGUCAUCGUCGUCUCGUUCACCAUGCCUGCCCAGCCAAACCUCGCCUGUCCCGUCAUCAUCGGCAUCGCAAAUGGCAGUUUCAAUGGCAGCCUCUCGAGCGGCUCCCAUAUCUUCAUCGCAUUUCGCAAGCUCCGAUUCUGCGGCAGGCCCACCUGAAGUUUUAACAACUCGAUCACAUCUACCCAACGAUAUAGUGUUUCUUUGGACGGCACUGGUUAACUUUGAGGAUUGUAAUGGGACGACGUAUCAAGUGCGAGUUCUCUUGGACUGCGGUUCACAGUGCAAUUUCAUGUCGGAGGCAUUAUACCGCAAACUUCAUCUCGCAUCUGUCGCCUGUUCCACUGAAGUAUCUGGGAUCGGUACAAGCUUGACUCGAGUCGAACGCGCUGUUACCGCCUUUGUUUCAUCGCGAUGCUCUCCAUACCGAAAACAAAUGUCGUUUCUUGUUCUACCUUCGAUAACAAGAAUGUUGCCUUCUCGUCCAGUGGAUGUCACCAGCUGGAAGCUUCCACGUCAUGUUCGAUUUGCGGACCCGACGUUCAACACUCCAGGCGUAAUUGACGCUAUUGUCGGUAAUGAGUGUUUUGCAGAUUUACUACAAUACGGUAAAAUAGACUUUGGUGAAAAGUUACCUGUUCUACAAAAGACAGUUUUCGGAUGGAUCAUUUCUGGAAAAUGUCAAAACACCAAUGAGAAGGCAUCUUUUGUGUCGUAUCAUGUAAGCCGCCUCGAUAAGCUGGAAGCCUUGGUGGGAAAAUUUUGGGAAUUGGAAUCGUGUGCGUCACCCAACAACUGGUCGCCUACGGAGCUUGAAUGUGAACAACAUUUCAAGAAAAACGUUAUACGCAAUGCUCAAGGCAGGUAUGUCGUAAAAUUACCUAAGAGAGUGGAAUUACUACCACAGCUGCAUGACAAUAGAUACAACGCACAGCGACGUUUUCUAUCGCUAGAGCGUAAACUCGAUUCAAAUAUCGAAAUCAAGAAACUUUAUCACGAGUUUAUCCAAGAGUACAUCUCGCUGGGUCACAUGCAAGAAGUUCCACCAGCUGAGGAAGAUUUGUCCCCUCAAUAUUUCUUGCCGCACCACGCCGUAUUACGACUGAACAGUUCGACCACCAAGUUACGAACCGUGUUUGACGCUUCAUGCAAAUCGCAAUCUGGUAUAUCGCUCAACGAUGUCCUUUUAGUGGGACCAACGAUUCAAGAUUCGCUAAUUUCAAUAGUCAUGCGAUUUCGGAUGCACGCUUUUGUGGUGAGUGCGGACGUCGCCAAAAUGUACCGCCAAAUUUUGGUACAUCCUUCUGAUCAAGCACUACAAAGAAUCUACUGGCGGGAGUCUAAAGAGUUUCCGCUGAAAAUAUUCCAGCUUCGGACCUUGACCUACGGAACCAACAGCGCAUCCUUUCUUGCCACUCGGGUAAUUCAGCAGCUUGCUGAGGACGAGGCUAAAAAUUUCCCGCUCGCUGCGCCAGUAGUUCGUAAAGAUUUUUACAUGGACGAUAUGUUAACCGGUUCCAACGAUCUCAAAACCUUAAAGAACGUGUGCAUUCAAGUAACUGCUAUGCUAGAGUCGGCUGGCUUCCCGCUUAGAAAAUUCUCUUCUAAUUCUCAAGAGAUUCUCGAUCUUAUUCCGGUAUCGCAGAGAGAAACGAAAACUUUGCUAAAAUUUGACAAUCAUUCGUCUGUAAAUGCUCUCGGUCUACUUUGGGAACCAGCUUCCGAUUUACUGAGCUACAAAAUUCCGGAAUGGCCAAGAAUUAAAACGUAUACAAAACGCACCGUACUGUCCCGUAUGUCGAGCCUAUUCGAUCCGUUAGGAUUACUUGGUCCAGCAACCGUAAAGGCCAAGAUAUUUAUGCAGACGCUAUGGAAGACAACGUUAUCGUGGGAUUCCAACCUGCCCGUUCCGUAUCAAAUCGCUUGGGAAGAGAUACAAAGCCAAAUUCCUGAAUUGAAAGAACUUCGUAUUCCUCGUUUCGUUUUGUCGCUCCGUAGACCAAAAAUCGUCGAAAUGCACGGAUUCAGUGACGCGUCUGAACAAGCUUACGGCGCCUGCGUCUAUAUUCGUUCGAUCACCGAUGAUGGAUACUGUACAGUUCGGCUUUUCGCUGCCAAGUCAAGGAUAGCUCCUUUGGAGGUCAAGUCCAUCGCCCGUCUUGAGCUUUGUGCCGCCCUUCUCUUAGCAAAUCUAUCCCAAAUGGUGGCAGACACCAUCGCACACAACGGCAAAGUAUUUCUCUGGACCGAUUCAUCCAUCGUACUCCAUUGGCUGGCUUCGUCGCCGUCUAAAUGGCAAACAUUUGUUGCGAACCGUGUUGCGGAAAUUCAAAGGCUGACCACCAGUGGAAUCUGGAAACAUGUUCCCAGUAGUGACAAUCCCGCCGACCUAAUUUCGCGAGGAAUGUUUGUUUCGGAAUUGUACAACAGCUCUCUUUGGUGGAACGGGCCUAACUGGAUAACGUCUGUCGAUCAGCCUUGGCCUGAAACCGUGGUGGUACCCGUCCACCACUCGAUGUCGGAGGAAGUACUCGAAAUUCGAAAGCUGGCCUUCUGUGUUACAGCUGACAAUGAUAAUCUUGUGAAACGUUACUCUUCAUUCACGCGUUUAUUGAGAAUCGGUUCACUUUGCCGUCGGUUCGCUAACAACAGCUCAACGAAUAAGGUUUCUCGUCUGGGACCGAUAUCCACUGUCGAAAUGCGUGAAACUAUGUUAGCACUCGUACGCGUUGUUCAACAAGAGUGCUUUGCCCCUGAGAUAGCAUCUCUUUCUGCCAACCAAGAUGUACCUCGAUCGUCGACUUUGCGAUUUCUUCACCCAAUCCUCGAAGACAGUCUGAUACGUGUUGGUGGCCGGCUACAACAUGCAUCGAUCAGCUACGAUAGGAAGCACCCUUUAGUAUUACCAGUGAAACAUCCAUUAACGCUACUGAUCGCCGAAUCUGUUCAUCGGCGAACCAUGCAUGGCGGGCCACAGCUUACAUUAGCAAUCAUGAAACACGAGUUUUGGCCAUUGCGUGGUAGAGAUCUGGUACGGCGAGUAGUGCACAACUGCGUAACGUGUGCAAAAGCCAGGCCCAGGAAUCUCGAGCAACUAAUGGGACAGCUACCACCGGAGAGGAUUAAUCGAGCAUACCCCUUUCAAUACGUCGGAAUAGAUUUUGCGGGACCAGUGUAUCUCAAACCAAGCACACGCAAAGGAGCUCCUGUAAAAUCAUACGUUGCAGUGUUUGUUUGCCUGGCGGUCAAAGCAGCGCACCUUGAGCUCGUGUCGGAUCUCACGUCGGCUGCAUUCAUCGCGGCACUUCGUCGUUUCAUUGCGCGCAGGGGAUUGCCGAAUACCAUCUUCUGUGAUAACGCAACAAAUUCUACUGCAGCUCACAGGGAACUCAAAGACCUUCGACAGAUGUUCCUGUCGCAGCAUCACAAAAAUGCUGUUGUACUAGUACCUAGUACUAGUGUACAAGCUUGCGUCAAGUCUUUCAAGCAUCAUCUUCGCAGAAUAGUUGGGAAUAGUCAGCUGCCGUAUGAGGCCUUUAGUACCGUGCUUGUGCAAAUUGAGGCAUGCCCUAACUCGCGACCAAUUACUCCACUGUCCAACGAUCCGAACGAUGAAGAAGCACUUACUCCAGGACACUUCAUCAUCGGACGACCGCUUUUAGCCGUACCUGAACCCGAUUUAGCGCACAUUCCAGAAAAUCGUUUGGAUCUUUGGCAGAAAACGCAAAGUCUCACGCAACACUUUUGGAAACGAUGGAGCAAGGAGUAUCUGUGUACCUUGCAGCUCCGGUACAAGUGGUCUACGGUGAAUCAAAAUUUGCUGAAAGAUUCCAUCGUUUUGAUUCGGGAUGACAAUCUCCCAGUUGGAAGAUGGUCGAUGGGCAGAGUAAUUUCUGUCAAUUUCGGAGAUGAUAACCUCGUUCGAGUUGCAACUGUAAAGAUUGCCGGUGUAGCCAAACCAGUAACACGUCCGAUUACGAAAUUGUGCCUUUUACCGAUCGAGAUAGAUCCAGGAACCAUCGAAGCGUGUCCGUCAUCAACCCCCGACCAAGACGUGACCUAUGGUAUGUAA